AUGGCGGAAACCGAGCCAGGUUCGUGCGGCCUCUCACUCGAAGUUAGCGUUCGGCGCGAUGACACCCGGGAGAUGGAAGAAAGCGCUCCAGAGAGUAGUCUCGAUUCAGCAGGCGCGCCGAACAAUGAAUCGGAUAUGCUGGUGCCGCCCCCUGUACGGAGCCGGCGCCGGAGUACGGUCCUUGGCCCCGAGAACGCUGGCCUUUAUCUAAUGUUUGACGUGGCUCAGAAGAAAUGGGUCGGCCAAUGGAGCUCUGGGGUAAUGGAAAAUGUGGUCGCUUUCAUGCGCCCGACAGUGAAAGUUCCGCAGUUUAAAUACACGAAGAACGAGAAGGUCCUUUUGAAGAGCGGCAAUGUUCCAAUGAGAGACGAACGGAAAGAUUUCUUGGAGGGACUCUGCUUGUUUGUCAAGUUGGCGAAGGAGUAUAGAGGCGACUUCUUGAUUAUUUCGAAAAGUGAUCUGGAUGAAAGGAAUGUCGUGCUUCUGGGUUUGAGCGAGCGCCAGGAGAUUCGGCACUUUAACACCGAGGAUGUUUUCUAUUCGGCAAAAGACUUGUUAGCUGCGGCAAUUGUGCCGGCUUCAUCGAUUUCUUUCAAGGCGAAAACUAUGGAUGUGCCAAUUUUUGUCGGUCUCGCUGAGCGAGACGGAGGUUUUGCAGUCAGCUUCGUUACUCAUUAG